AUGCCUCGUCAGCAGACGCAGUUGCGCGGUCCCAAGGACAGGGACCAUGCCAACAAGAAACCGGUGACGCAGCGGAGAAAGCGCAACGGGAAGUUUCUGAAUGCGUUUGCGAUCGCGGAGAGCGAGAACCCGUCGAAACUCGGCGUCAAGCGCACUCGUCUGGGCAAGCAGGAUGAACUGUUCAAGCGCAAGCGACACCCCGCGGCGGAUGACGACGACUCAGAGGAUCCCGAUAGCAACAAGCGGCGGCGCACGCAGGGGGAGGAUUCCGAUAUGGGGUCGAAUGCGGGGAGCGAUGGGGAGGGACACCGGUGGAGGGUUGGUGAGGUGGAUAGUGACGAUGACGAUGAGAUUGACAGUGACGAGGCGAUGGGGUCCAGCGACGAGGAGCGGUUCGAGGGCUUCACGUUCCGCGGCAGCUCGACGAUGAAGAAUAAACCGAAACAGAAGGCCCCUGAGCGCAAGAAGCGCACUCGCGAUAUUACAUUGUCUGAGGAUGUGGACGAGUCGGAAGAGGAGGAGGAGGAUAGCGACGAGGAUGAUCUCGGCGCGGACGCUAUUGAUUUGACAGCUGCGUGGGAUCUGAAUGCCGCGGAAGAGCAGGAGGAGGCUACGAAGGCGAAGGCGAAGGCCAAGUCGAAGUCUAAGCAACAGGACAGCGAUGAUUCGGAAGAAUACGACUCCAACAGCGAGGACGACUCGGAAGGCGACUCGGAGGAUGACGAUGACGACGACGAAUUACCGUUUUCCGGCGACGAGAUGGAUGCCGAAGAUGAGCAUGGCCUGUCGAAACUACAGAGCUUUGUCGAUGCGAUGAAUGAUAACAAGGCCACCAAGACACGGAAGACAGGUGGCGGCCAGGAACAUGCGGCCCCGACGGAGUUUGGCCUGACAUCUACGCGGAAGCUCACCAUCGCCGACCUUCUACCCUCCAUUACAGACUCCCGCCUCAAGAGCUCCCUGAAACACGUCGACUCGGAAUCUGCCGCACACCAGAAAUCGUCAGGUAUCCCGGGCAAGCUCGAUGCUCCCCUCGCCAAGCGUCAGCAGGAUCGGCUGGACCGGGCGGCCGCGUACGAGAAGAGCAAGGAGACUCUGGACCGCUGGCUGGAGACGGUCAAGGCGAACCGCCGAGCAGAGCAUCUGAUGUUCCCCCUGCCUGAUCCGGAAGCGAACCAGGCGCAUCGGAUGGGUGCUGCGGAGCCGCGCACAGACCUCGAAACCACCAUCCAAGACAUCCUCCAGGAGAGUGGACUGGUCGAGGCCAAGGGCAAGUCCGCGGAGGAACAGGUGCAGGAGUUCGAGGAGCUACAGGCGCGGAAGCUGCCUAUCGAGGAGAUCCGGGCUCGCCGCGCGGAGCUACGAAAGCGGCGUGACCUGCUCUUCCGCGAGGAAGUGCGGGCCAAGCGCAUCAAGAAGAUCAAGAGCAAGUCAUACCGUCGUGUGCACCGCAAGGAGCGGGAGAAGCUGGAGCAGCAGGAACGCCAGGCUCUCAUCGAAGCGGGCGUGGACCUGGACGAGCAGGAGCGGGAGAAGAACGAACGACUACGAGCGGAGGCGCGCAUGGGCAACAAGCACAAGGAGAGCAAAUGGGCAAAGAGCCUGAAGCAGACGGGCCGGACCGCCUGGGACGAUGAUGCGCGACGCGGCACACAGGAUCAGGCUCUGAAAGAGGAGGAGCUGCGGAAGAGAAUCGAAGGCAAGCGCGUCAAGAACGGCGACGAGGACUACCUGGGCUCUUCUAGCUCCGAGUCGGAAGACGACGACCCGUGGGAUGAGGAGGCUGGAUCGGAUGCUGAGAAGCGCAAGAUCCGCGAGAAGCUCAGCAAGCUCGAGGGUGACGCCGACGAGGAGGUGGAAUUCAAGGGCCCCCAUGCCAAGCUGCUUUCCAUGAAGUUCAUGCAGAACGCCGACGCUGCGCGCAAGGCGGAGAACGAUGCGGAAGUGCGUCGUCUCAACCGCGAGCUACACGGCGAGGAAUCUGCAUCCGAGGCCGAGUCCGAAGUCGGUCGCCGUAAGUUCGGCCAGUCCGAGAAGGAGAAGCCCGCCACAGCAGUUCUGAAGACGCCGCGGAAUGAAUUCGAAGAGGCGCCCGGAUCCGAUGACGAUGAGGCGGACCAGGACGUGAACAUUGUCCUCGACCGCCCUACCAAGAAGGGACCGGCAGCCUCCCAGAGCAAGCCUCAGGCCCGCCCCCAGAAGCAGACUGUUACGGAGGAGCAGGAUGCUGCCGUCGAAGAGAACCCGUGGCUGGUCCAGACGAACCGAACCAACCGUCGCGCCACGGUGGAUGACACGCAGCAGACCGUUGAUAUCACGCUGGAGGAAGCGAAACCCAGCGGCGCCAAGGAGGCCCCCAAAGCCAAGAAGCCCUCGGCCGCCAGCAAGAAGUACGGCAACGAGGAGUACGACAGCGACGAUGAGGAGAGCGUGCCGGUGCUACUCAAGAACCACGACCUGGUGAAACGGGCGUUCGCGGGCGACGAGGUGGUGCAGGAGUUCGAGCAGGAGAAGCUCGACACGGUCAAGGAAGAAGGCGACCAAGUGAUCGACAACACGCUGCCGGGCUGGGGCAGCUGGGCCGGUGACGGCGUCAGCAAGAAGCAGCAGAAGCGACAGAAGAAAUUCCUCACGAAGGUCGAGGGCGUGAAGCCGGAGGACCGGAAGGACGCCAAGCUCUCGCGGGUCAUCAUCAACGAGAAACGAGUCAAGAAGAACAUCAAGUACAUGGCCUCGGAGCUGCCUCACCCGUUCGAGUCGCGGCAACAGUACGAGCGAUCGCUGCGGCUGCCCAUCGGGCCCGAAUGGUCGACCAAGGAAACUUUCCAGAAUGCCACCAAGCCUCGCGUGAUGGUGAAGCAGGGCAUCAUCAAGCCGAUGCAGAAGCCGACGGUCUGA